AGUUAAGAUUAAAUGCAUAGGCGGCGAUAAACGAGUACGAUUAAAAUAAGUGAACAAAGCCUCUAUGUACAUUGCAGCUCUCGGCCUGCUGUGCGUGAAAACAUCGACGAGCAGCGCAGCUAUGCUAGAAGCACCACCUGGCAGCCGUGAGGACCUCGUUGAAGUAGCGAGGACACCAUGCACACCCACAGAACUCGAUACGAUGCUUUAUGGAUACACCAACAGCAUAUAUGUUUUGGACCAUACACCGGAAUCUCUGCCAGACAUAGACAUGCUGCAGCUGUUUGCGUCACCGGCAGGCCGAGCUCUCGUCCGUGCCAACCCUAAGGAUGAGCGACAGCGGCGCGGUACCUCCACGUCAUCCUUAAUCCGGGACUCAACUUCCGGGAUGAGCCUCGCUCGCGGCUCCGUGAGCGCCCCUACGUCGCCACCCGCGCGUCAACGUAGGUCCAGCACCGAGCUCUACAUGGAGGCUGUGGAAAUCCUUGGGCUGACCUGCACCCUGAGCGACAGCUGUCGCUGCAUCGACUGCCAGAGCAACUAUUUCGACUACGAUGAUGAGUAUGGAGAGGCGAGGACGGAAUUGGCAGCUGGAACACCCAUAUUACUGGACCACGCACUGACACAUCCAUUGACCUGCUCAAUUCAGUAGUAAUUGUUUUAAAUGCGCAUAUGUCAUUUCUACAGGGGAUGAAAAAUUAUAUCUU